CAAUGGCGCCGCCACAGGUUCUUAUCACUUUCCCACACACUUUUUAAUAGCUUCCAGCCCAGUGUCGUACCUGUGGCACCGCGACACUCUAUGAAUACAUAAGGAAGUGUUGCAUAAAUGAAAGUUAUAGACCCAUAUAGUGUAUAGAAAAAGGGAAAUUAGGAGUUCGAUUUGGUUAAGUUUAUAAUUUAGGAUUGGUCACGUCAAGAGACGGAUGGAUACAAAGUCUAUGUCACAAUAGCAACAUCAACAAAUAAUUUAAAUGCUUUCGCAGGCGGCAAUUGGAGAGGCAACAAUUAACAAAGACAACUGCAACACGGAAAACCAUACCCAUAGCCAUAAACUGAGAGAUACACUUGGCUGGAGUGGAGUGGAGUGGACUGAAGACAGUCCUCCUGCAGCAGAAGAUGAAGAAUCGUCAGCGAACCCGCCGAAUAUCGCUAAAUGAAAACCACAACAGCAACAUCGAUGUACAAAUAUUUACCAAUACAAAAGAACCCAAUCAAGUCAAUUUAAAUUCAUCGUCAAAGCUGCUGGCAACUACAGAAACGUCGACCUCAGCGGAGGCUGCUCAUCCCGCCUCGCCUCCAGCCGCUCAGAUAGGCGCUCCAGCUAUCCGGCACCAGCAGCAACAACAACAACAACUGAUUAGGCCGGCCACAAUCAUGACGGGCACAUUUCCAUUCCACACCAAGCUGCGAAAAUCCAAGUCGACGCCAAGUCUCAGCCAGCCGAUGGCCGAGGAUCUCCCCACCUGUCAUCCACCUGCCACAGAGGCUAGGAAAACCCUGCAACAUGAACAAUUUUCACGGAUCACCAGCAACACCCCGCCAACAACGACACCGGAAUCAUUGCGUUUUGGUUGUGCUCACUAUAAGCGCCGGGCCAUGUUUGUGACUCCCUGCUGCAACAAGUUCUACAAAUGUAGAUUCUGUCAUGAUGAGAACGAGACGCACCACUUCGAUCGCAAGACACUCACGGAAUUAAUCUGCUCAGAAUGCAAUACCCGGCAAACAGUCCGGGAACAGUGCGAAAAUUGUGGAGUACGAUUUGGAAAGUACACUUGCCUCAUUUGCAACCUCUUCGAUGAUGCGGACAAGCAGCAGUACCAUUGCCAUGGCUGUGGCAUCUGUAGGAUUGGCGGUGCCGAAAACUUCUUCCACUGCGAGGUGUGCAACAUGUGCUUACCCAUCCAGCUGAAGAUCGAUGGCCAUCGGUGCGUGGAGAAUAUAUCACGAUCCCAUUGUCCGGUUUGCCUGGGAGAUAUCCAUACAUCGCGUAUUCCCUGCCAUAUUCCCGACUGUGGACACCUGCUGCACAAGAUGUGCUUUGACCAGCUGCUGGCCUCCGGCCACUACACCUGUCCCACCUGCCAGACCUCGCUGAUAGACAUGACGGCGCUUUGGGAAUACCUCGACGAUCAGGCACUCCGCUUGCCAGUGCCACUGAAAUACGAAAAUCAGCGCAUACAUAUUUUUUGCAACGAUUGUCACAAGACUUCCAAAACCAAAUUCCAUUUCAUAGGACUCAAGUGCGUGCACUGCGGCGCCUACAACACCACGCAGGAUGUUAAGCGUCGACUGUCUCUGGUCACAGAUGAACCCUCCUCGGCGUGAUGUUCCCCAGGUUGCCCCAACAUCAGUAUCGACAUCCAUAUUCACAUCCAAAUCAGCAUCAGCAACUGCAACAGGAAAUCUCUUGCCAUGCUCCCUCCCCCCACAUAUUUGAAGAAACUAAAUUGUUUUCGUAAACCAAACCACAACUGAAAUCGAAACGCAUUGAAUUUAGACCAAAUUCGAGCUGGUAUCGAAUAUGAAACAAACAAACCCCUAAGCAAAAGGCUCCUUAAACACUUUUGGUGGAGUAUUGAAAU